AUGUCUGAGUUUAACCACUCAAAUCUGUCAGGCGGAAACGCUCCGGACCCGGACUACAAGUGGACGUAUGAAUAUUACGACGAUGAUGAGCCUGUUUCGUUCGAGGGACUGAAAGCGCACCGAUACUCCAUCGUGAUAGGCUUCUGGGUGGGCCUGGCUGUCUUUGUCAUCUUCAUGUUCUUUGUCCUGACGCUUCUCACCAAGACCGGAGCUCCACAUCCCGAAGGAGCUGAGCCCUGUAAGAAGCGUGUUCGUCUGACCAGCUGUGUGGAGGACCUCCGCUCCCCUGCAGACCCUGACAACCGGCCCUGCCUACAACUGGACUCCUCUCUCAGCCGCUCCCUCUUCCACUGCUACAUCAAUGAGGAACAGGCCCAGGGGAUGUCCAGGCCUAGAGCUGUGGGAGCACCCAGAGGAGGGCUGGUCCAGGGACUGGGCCGAGGCAGGUCAGGCAGCCCAGAGGAAGGGGUAGUGGUGGGGAUGGAAGUAGGUGUCAGCCGUGCCCUGCAAGGGGAUGCCAUGUUGGGGGGGGACCGGACUGACCACAGAGAGGCAAUGUCCCUGUCCCAUUUCAACAUCCCUAACGCUGUGAACUCCGAGCACAGCUCCACCAUGGGGGCGGACGAUCUGUUGCUGGGGGAGCCGCCAAUCAUCAUGGAGGGGGAGUGUCGCUCCCAUGGGGUCCAUCACACGAUUGACUGGGGGAACCACCAAUCAUCCUAG